AAGCUUGGAUUUACAAUUUGAUUGGUUGUCGUUUGUGGUGAUUUCUUCCGAGAACUCGCUUGGUCUGUUGUUAGCGUUGGUGAAAUUGUGAAUUCAUACAUUUUAAUAUAUUUAUAUUAAUUAUUGUGACAUAAACAUUACUUUACAAUGUCGUCUAAAACAAAAAAGACUGUAACAUCUACAUCAAACAUAAGUGUGGUGUCAUCUGUACAAAGCCCUCCGCAAUCAAGCACUCCUGUUGGUAGCCGCCCUUCUAGCUCUGCCGGCCGGCCCAGUAGCCCUUUAAGUCCAACAAGACAUAGCAGACUUCAAGAAAAAGAUGCAUUGCAAAACCUCAAUGACCGCUUGGCCGCUUAUAUUGAUAAAGUACGUCAGCUCGAAAGUGAAAACUCAGGUUUGCGUCGUGAAAUUCAGACUACACAGGAGGUCGUCAGCCGCGAAGUUUCCAAUAUCAAGGGAAUGUACGAGCAUGAAUUGCAAGACGCUAGAAAACUGUUAGACGAUACAUCUCGUGAGAAGGCCAAGUUGGAAAUUGAUUUGAAGAGGCUUUACGAAGAAAACGAUGAUUUGAAGAAGCGAUUGGACAAGAAGACUAAAGACUUUCAGCAGGCCGAAAACUUGGCGCGUCACUACGAAACACGCUUCACUGAGGAGAGCAACAAAUAUAACACCGCCCUCGCAGACAAAAAGAAGGCUCAGGAUGAAGCUCGUGAUCUGGCUAAGGAGCUGGAGAAAUUGCGCAAGGUGUACGCCGACACGCGUAAAACUCUCGAAGAGGAAAUGUUGUGCCGCAUCGACAUGGAGAACACCGUUCAGAGCUUGCGCGAGGAACUCUCCUUCAAGGACCAGGUGUUCCAGCAGGAACUGCAGGAGACUCGCACCAGGCGACAAGUCGAGAUCACCGAAAUUGAUGGCCGUUUGGCACAACAGUAUGAGGCGAAACUACAGCAGAGCCUCCAGGAGUUGCGUGAGCAGCAAGAGGUCAACAUCAAGGCUAACCGAGAUGAAAUCGAAGCUCUCUAUGAGAAUAAGUUGAAGAACUUGCAAGGCGCGGCAAGCCGCAACAGUCAAGCGGCGACAGUGGCCGUCGAAGAGCUGCGCACCGUGCGUACGCGUAUCGACUCCCUCAAUACGCAGCUUAAUGAUUUGGAGAACAAGAACGCUGCACUCAGCAACCGUUGCCGUGAACUGGAGCGUCAGCUGGAGGCGGAGCGCGCGCGCCACGCGGAGGACCUGGCGUCCCUGGAGCAGGAGCUGGCGCGGCUGCGCGACGAGAUGGCCGCCCAGCUGCGCGAGUACACCACGCUCAUGGACAUCAAGAUCACGCUCGACCACGAGAUCGCCACCUACCGCGCGCUCCUCGAGGGCGAAGAGGACAGGCUGAACCUGACGUCGCAGUCUCCGGGGCGCGAGUCGCGCGCGUCGGGCGCGGCGUCCAGCGGCAUCGGCAGCUCGGGCCGCCUCACCCCGGGCCGCCGCGCCACGCCGCUGCGGGCCGCGCGCAAGCGCACGCUGCUCGACGAGACCGAGGAGCGCAGCCUCAGCGACUACAGCGUCACCGCCAGCGCCAAGGGGGACCUCGAGGUCGCCGAGGCCUGCCCCGACGGGACCUUCGUCAAGAUACGCAACAAGGGCAAGAAGGAGCUGAGCCUUGGCGGUUACCAGAUCAUCCGUAAGGCCGGCGACCAGGAGACGGUGUUCAAAUUCCACCGCACCGUGAAGUUGGAGCCUGGCACGGUGGCCACCGUGUGGUCUGCUGACGCCGGUGCCGACCACGACCCUCCGCAUCACAUCGUCAUGAAGGGACAGAAGUGGUUUGUGGCCGAUAACUUCACCACAGCACUCCUCAACAAUGACCAGGAGGAGGUAGCCAUUUCUGAGAGACAGCGGCGGCAAGUGAGCACCAGCGCCCAAAGACACCGUGAACUCGCGCACAAAUUCCCCCGUCGUGAUCAGUUGGGCGAAAUCCGGGAGGGUGAAGAGAACUGCCGCAUCAUGUAACGUGCAGCGGACAGCCGCUCGCCACUCGGUGCCUCACGCUUCACUCGUCCGGAGCUACACAUUCUGCCCUGUGGGCAUCCUCCCUUACUACUUUCCGCAGCGUUUCUUUAACGAGAUGCUAGAUUAUGGUGUAUUUUACGUUAGUCACUGACACUUCGGUACUUCAAUGUUCGUUUAUUUUUACUAUAUGGUUAAUACAUUUUAUUUCUGCAAAUGUAUUCCAAUGUACUUCAGAAUUUAAUUUGUUGCAUAUGAAUUUCUU